AUGGAGUUCCUAACAUUACUUUAUGGUGCUACAGCAUUGUACUUGUGUUUCUUGAUCUGGAAAUGGUUUGAUCAGAGAAGGGACCAAGAGUGUUACAUAUUGGACUACCAACUGUACAAGCCAAGAGAUGAAAGAAAGCUUGGAACUGAAUGCUGUGGCAGGAUCAUAGAGAGGAACAAGCAUUUGGGUCUGAAUGAGUACAAGUUCCUUCUCAAAGCCAUUGUCAACUCUGGCAUUGGUGAGGAAACUUAUGCCCCAAGCAACGUCAUCGAGGGCCGUGAGGCAAGUCCAACACUGAACGAUGGUGUCACAGAAAUGGAGGAAUUUUUUUGUGACAGCAUUUCCAAGCUCCUUGCAAGGUCGGGCAUUCCCCCCUCACAGAUAGAUGUGCUUGUGGUGAAUGUCUCUAUGUUAUCCAUUGUUCCUUCCUUGACUUCAAGAAUCAUUAGCCACUACAAGAUGAGGGAGGACAUAAAGGCUUACAACCUCACUGGGAUGGGUUGCAGUGCUAGCCUUAUUUCAUUGGACAUCGUUAGGAACGUGUUCAAGUCACAAAAGAACAAGUAUGCACUUUUGGUGACUUCUGAGUCUCUCAGUCCGAACUGGUAUGUUGGCAACGACAGAUCAAUGAUUCUUGCCAACUGUUUGUUCCGGACUGGUGGAUGUGUCAUACUUUUGACAAACAAAAGGUCCUUGAAGCACAGAGCCAUGUUUAGGUUGAAGUGUUUGGUGAGGACUCAUCAUGGGGCUAGAGACGAUGCCUAUAGUUGUUGCAAUCAGAAGGAAGACGAGCAAGGCAGGCUUGGGUUUUACCUUGCCAAAAACCUUCCCAAGGCGGCUACAAGAGCCUUUGCUGAUAAUUUAAGGGUGUUGUCAACCAAGAUUUUGCCAACUAGGGAGUUGCUAAGGCUUAUGAUUGUGUCCCUCAUAAAAAAACUGAGGCAAACUAGUUCCCCCAAGUCUUCAAGUGAGGGAUCUAAUAAAUCUAACAAAUCCCCUUUGAACUUCAAGACUGGGGUUGAACAUUUUUGCCUCCACACUGGAGGAAAGGCUGUGAUUGAUGGGAUUGGAAUGAGCUUGGAUCUGUGUGAAUAUGACCUUGAGCCAGCAAGGAUGACACUGCACCGGUUUGGGAACACUUCAGCUAGUAGCCUGUGGUAUGUGCUAGGGUACAUGGAGGCCAAGAAAAGGCUCAUGAAGGGUGACAGAGUACUGAUGAUAAGCUUUGGUGCUGGCUUUAAAUGCAACAGCUGUUUGUGGGAGGUAAUGAAGGAUCUGAGGGAUCAUCCCAAUGUGUGGGACGAAUGCGUCAAUGACUACCCACCAGAGUCCUUGGCCAACCCCUUCAUGGAGAAGUUUGGUUGGAUCAAUGAUGUUCAAGAUGCAAGCAACUUCAAACUUCAUGAUUUUCCCAAGUAA